AUGAAAUGCGAACGAUUCAUAUCGUUACUUACAUGUAGUUAUGAAGGUAAUGUCGAUCAUACAAAAUUAAUGGAUUAUCUUCCUUAUUUAUUAAAAAAAUAUAAUCUUGAUCUUCAACCUAGUAAUUCAACUUGUAUUGAUAUUGAAUCGGCCAAAUCUGUUCUAUAUCCAGGUGCUCAUAUUGCUACUUCAAAUCCUUAUGAACAUUAUCAUCAUGGCAUUGUUGUCGAUAUGAAUACAUCUGAUAUAUCUAUUAUUCAUUUAUGGGGUCCUGAUAAACAUUCGGGUCGUGUUCAAACUACUACUUUGCCCAUAUUUAUUGCUGGUAGUAUCGAUAAUGUAGGCAAAAAAACACGUCGUCUUUAUUUGGUCAAUUAUGAUAAUGAUACUUUUGACAAACAACAAGAAACAAUUCAAGUAGCAAAAAAAAUGCUUGAAAAAGCUGAUGAUAUUGUAUAUAACAUAGCUACUCUAAAUUGUGAAAGUUUUGCUUGUUUUUGUCGAACAGGAAAAUGGAACAGUGAACAAACCGAAAAACUCAAAGAUUUAUUCAUACAAAAUUUUUUAGAAAUUUAUGAAACGUUGAAAAAUGCGGAUGAAAAAAAUAGAAAACAGAUUUCUUCCUUAUUACAAACCGUUCCAUUGGUUGCUUUAAAUGAAUCAGACAAAGUGUUAUAUGAUCAACUUUGUCAACAGUGUAAUAAUGAAUCAUCAGAACAGUAA